AUGGACGUACAUGAUGGAAGCAUAAGGAACUUACUUAAUGCUAACAAUAACUUACCAGGAACUAUUAAAGCAUUUAUAAAGUCCUUUGUAAAACCUGGUGCUCUAACAUUUAGGUCUUUGAGAGCAAGAGCAUUGAAGUCAAGAGAUGCAGAAACUCCAACAGAACCUACAGAAGGAACUGAAACAACAGAAACUCCAGAAGAACCACCAAAACCAACAGCUAAUGAAAUAUUGUUCGAAUGUUUUCCAAGGUACUCUGUUCUCAUUGCAGACAUUCAAGAAAUACUUAAGAAAGCAGACUUGACUUUAGGAGAUGAUGAAAGUUCUGUAUAUCUUUCGUUCCAGUUUCAAAUAGCAGAACUUUUGAGACAGAUAUGCUUAAUGUAUGACAACAUCUCUGAUUUCACAAGAUAUGAUGACGACCAUGACCCCGAACACGGUGAAGAAGAAGUUUUACAAACAUCCAUUAAGACAGGAAAGGUUUUAACUCAAAGUUUCAUUAUUGACACCAAAGAUGGCGAAGUGGACGUUCUUCAAGAGCUGAAGAAAAAUACUUCUGAAGGAGGUGGUGGUAGGCAUGAACUUGAAAUAAAUGAGAUAGAAGAGAAAUUAGCCGAAAAAGCAGAUAAAAACCAUGUUCAUUAUAUAAGUUCAGAUGAACAGAUUAUAACGGAUUAUCAUGGAUAUUUAACACAGGAUGAACAAAUAAGCACUGAAGAUGUUAAUGAAAGAAGAUAUAAAUUCAUUCGUGCUAAAGGUUAUGACAUACACUGUACUGUACAGUAUGACACAGGUAAAGCACCAGAAGCAUUUGGUUAUAACAAUGAAAUUUAUGCUUCAUACUUCUUUGUUAACGGUGUAUUAGUUGAACCAAGAUUUACUUUGAGAGUUAAGGCAAAAAUAACUUUUGAAGAUGCUAUUAAAAGUAAAGCUGACAAAGAUGAACUUGACGCAACGAACAAAGUUUUGAAAUCUCAUAAACACAAUAUCUCCGAUAUAAAUGAACUUCAAGCUACAUUAAAUAGUAAAGCUGACAAGAACCAUACACAUAAAUCCUUCACUACUGUUAGAGCAGACGACAUAAUAUUGAACUAUACCCUUGGUUCAAGUGCACCUUUAGAGAAUCCGAGUACAAGCGUAAAAGAUACACUAAACUCCUUAAAUAGUAAAUGUAUGAACAUUGAAGGUCAUGUCAGAAACUUUGAAACACAUGAACUACCAGCAAUGUUAGAUAAAAAAGCAGAUAAAGAACAUACACAUAACUCCUUCACUACUGUUAGAGCAGACGACAUAAUAUUGAACUAUACCCUCGGUUCAAGUGCACCUUUAGAGAAUCCGAGUACAAGCGUAAAAGAUACACUAAACAAUUUAGAUAACAGUUGCAGGAAUAUCGAAGAUCAUGCCAGAAACUUUGAAGCAUAUGAACUACCAGCAAUGUUAGAUAAGAAAGCAGACAAAGCAGAGCUUCAAACAUUAAAGACUGAAAUACUUCAAACAUUAUAUCCUAUAGGCUCUAUUUAUACGUCAAUGAAUUCAACAAAUCCAGAAACAGUUUUAGGUUUUGGUACGUGGAAGCAGAUUGUAGAUAAAUUCUUAUACUGUGCUAGAUAUUCAAAGCAAACAGGAGGUUCGAAGAAAAUUAAAGAAGCAAACCUUCCACCGCACACUCAUACAGGAACUACAAACACAACAGGUAGUCAUUCACAUUCAAUAACAAAAAGAGGUUAUACAAAUCUUGCAGCAGGUUCGGAUAGACAGGGAAUGAAUAGAUAUGAUAUUUCAAGUGACCCAGUAGAUUCAGGCGCAGGUAUUUUCUGUGGAACCACAGGAAAUCAUUCACACACUUUCACAACAAAUCCAACAGGUUCGGGUGCAGAUUAUAUGCCACAAUUUGUGACUAUAUUCGCAUGGUACCGCGUUCAAUGA